CCGUGACCAUGUGGUGCAGCCAAGCUCAGCUUCGAUAGUUCGUACGGUGACCCUCUUGAAGUGGAUGCAGAAGCUGGGGAGCUUAUCGAUUUUCUUCGUGCCAGCCAGGCAUGCGGUUGAUAGGGAGGGGGGACUCCUUCGCAAGGGAACGUCGAGGGAAUCUACAAGAUGGCCGCCGCAAUACGCGAGACACACGGCAUGGGCUGGAUGCAGCAUGUGUUCGCGCAUCCCGUUCGCUGUCUCGGCGCUGUAGGAGAUGGAGGGCGCACAGAAUAUGUGUGUGUCAUGGCUUUGCACUCGGCGAGCUGCGAUGCGUGGGGAACGGAUGUACGGUCUGGAACAGCUUCGCCAACAGCCAACAGCCAACAGCCAACAGCCAACGGGACGCCUGCGCCGUGGCCAUGGCGAUGCAGCAUGUCAAGAUAAUGAGUGAGUGCACACAGAUACACACACGCCGCAUCUCGAAACCUGCCCUGGCCUGGAUGUUCAGAUCGGAUGCCUCCGUAAUUAGCGACGGGCCAGUGUGGGAGUUGGCGACGGGGUCUAGAAUCCAUCCUCCUCAGCCGCCACGGCGAGGCGCAGGCCGGAAUAAUCCAAGACGGGGGCUCUCCACAUGCAGACAUGCAGACAUGCAAGACGCCUCGAUGCAAUCAAAAGACAAAGAGCGUUCCAUUCUGGCCGUUGCAGGCGGCCAGAGAUGACAGCCAGCCCCAGGGGGUGAGACAAUCUGCCCGCUGCAACCAAGGGCAACCAACCCACGUUGGAAAUGGGAACCCCCCAGCAACGCAAAAGUCGAUGAAACCAGCCAGCCAAAGUAAAAAACGACGAAACAAAAAGGAAAAAAAAAAAAAAAAAA